CAGAUCAAGGGCCUCAAUCAUUUCUGACAGAGUCUACAGGAAGUUCCUGAAACACUGUAAAAUGCGGCCGUCUGAUACAGCGUUCAGGACAUACACUGGACAGCCUGUGCCCAUGAGAGGAAUGGCUGACAUCACUGUUACAACUAAUGGUCAAACAAAAAAGCUCCCUGUGUACAUCGCCAGAGGUAAUUACCCUGCCAUCAUGGGUCGGUUGUGGCUGAAGAAAAUAAAAAUCGACUGGCAAGCAAUACACAUGGUAUCAAAGAGCACCACAGACCUGCAAACUGUUCUAGAAAAAUAUAGCGAAGUUUUUCAAGAUGAACUGGGUAGCAUGAAAAACAUAACCGUCAAGCUACAUACCAAGCCUGAUAGCAAGCCAGUGUUUAAGAAAGCAAGACCUGUGCCAUAUGCCAUCAGAAGUAAAGUGGAAGCGGAUCUGAAUGCUCUAGUCAAAGAUGGAGUUCUGGAGCCGGUCACUGUCAGUGACUGGGCUACUCCUAUAGUUCCUGUGCUGAAGAAGGAUGGAGGAGUUCGUAUCUGUGGAGAUUUCAAGGUGACUGUGAACCCUGUGCUAUCUGCAGAGCAGUAUCCUCUUCCUCACAUUGAUGAUCUGUUUGCUGGACUCAGUGGAGGACAAAAGUUUAGCAAAAUAGAUCUGUGUCAAGCUUAUCUGCAAAUGCAUGUACAUGAAGAGUCACAGGAACUGCUCACGAUCACAACACACAAGGGCCUCUUCAGGUACCGCCGACUUCCUUUUGGCAUCACGUCUGCACCAGCUCUGUUUCAACGUGCCAUGGACCAGAUCCUCAGUGGUCUCUCAGGUGUCCAGUGUUAUUUGGAUGAUAUUCUGUGUACUGGAGCUACUGAUGAAGAACACCUCCGAAAUCUGGACGCCACCCUGCAGAGACUGAAAGAAUUCGGCCUGAGGGUACGCAGGGAAAAAUGUUCAUUUUUCCAGUCCUCUGUGGAAUAUUUGGGACAUGUCAUCGACGCUGAGGGCCUUCACACUGCCCCAUCCAAGACCACAGCCAUUGUGGAUGCGCCGCCACCCCAAAACGUCAACCAGCUACGAUCCUUCUUGGGAUUACUGAACUAUUAUGGCCGUUUCAUAAAAGACUUGGCAUCACUGCUAAAGCCGCUGCAUGACUUGCUCUGCCGAGACAAACCGUGGGAAUGGACUACGGCCUGCCAGGAGGCUUUCCUGAAAGCAAAAGAGGCGUUGGUGGGAUCUGAGGUCUUGACGCAUUUUGAUUCAUCACUCCCAAUUCAGCUGGCUUGUGAUGCAUCUCCCUAUGGGGUGGGUGCGGUCAUCUCCCAUGUAAUGCCAAAUGGUGAUGAGAAACCCAUCGCUUUUGCCUCCCGGACUCUGAACAAGGCAGAGACCAACUAUGCUCAGCUGGAACGAGAGGCAUUAAGCAUUGUUUUUGGAGUUCGUAAAUUCCAUCAAUACUUGUAUGGACGGAAAUUCACUCUCUUUACUGACCACAGACCACUAACCACAAUUCUUGGCCCACACAGUGGAAUACCCUCUCUGGCUGCAAGUCGUCUUCAACGGUGGGCUUUGCUUCUGUCAGCACACUCAUACGACAUCAGAUAUCGUAAGGCAGACUCACAUUGCAAUGCUGACGGCCUGUCUCGGCUGCCGCUCCCAGUCACUAGACCAGAGUCCCGUUCGGAGAGUGUAUUCUAUUUCAGCCAGGUGGAUGAUGCUCCUAUUUCGGCUGAACAGGUGAGAAAGGCCACACGCUCAGACCCCAUCUUGUCAGCUGCCUUGGACAUUGUUUUAAGAGGCCAUUUGGGCAGCGAUGACAGCGCCUUGAAGGCAUUCCUAGCAAGGAAGUCAGAGCUGUCUGUACAGGCUGGAUGUUUGCUCUGGGGGAGGAGGGUGAUUAUUCCACCAUCACUACGUAAACCACUGCUGCAGCAACUUCAUUCUGGCCACAGUGGCAUUGUUCGGAUGAAGGAAAUGGCUAGAAGCUACUUUUGGUGGCCUGGCAUGGAUGAACAGAUUGAGGAUGUAGCAAAAGAAUGCUCCUCAUGUCAAGAAGUCAGGAGUAAUCCUCAAAAAGCUCCCCUACAUCCUUGGAGUUUUCCAGAAGAGCCAUGGCAUCGCAUACAUAUUGAUUUUUCAGGACCUUUUGAGGAAAGGAUGAUGACGGAUGCACACAGCAAAUGGCCUGAAGUCGCCAUUAUGAGAUCCACUACCACUGAGAAAACUGUUGAGAAGCUGGAUGAGAUCUUCAGCCGUUUUGGACCUCCUGCUCAACUGGUUUCAGAUAAUGGCCCACAAUUUGUGUCACAGGAAAUGGGCAACUUCUUGCGAGCAAAUGGAGUGCAACACAUUCGAUCAGCGCCAUAUCAUCCUGCAACAAAUGGCCUAGCUGAAAGGUUUGUGCAGACCAUGAAGCAGACCUUAAAGUCAUCAAGAGGAGAAGGAACACUCCAUCAACGACUACACAACUUCUUACUCACCUACCGAAGCACACCACAUGCAACCACCAGAUCUUCUCCUGCUAGUCUGUUGCUACAAAGAGAACUUCGGACAACUUUUGACCUCCUCAAACCGUCAGUGAAGAACAUGGUUGCACAACAGCAGAAGAAACAAAUCAACCAAAGAGGUCAUGUAAAGGUCAGAGUCUUCACGCCAGGUGACUCCGUGCUGGCGAGAAAUUACUGCAGUUACAGACUGGACCGCUAUCCUAUACAGUUCAAACUUCAGCUGACAAUGUCUGGAGGAGACAUGUCGACCAGCUGUUGCCGGCAGCCAGACAACUGGCUCACGAGCACUUUACAGAUGUACCACCUGUCGAUUUGUCUGCGUGUCAACCUGCACCAACCCAGAGUUUUUCUACAGCUGAACCAGAGGUUACAUCUCCUGUUUCUCAGGAGAAAGACACAGAAACACAAACUUCUGUGUCAACUCCUGCUUUGGACUCACAGAUAGAACAUGGAGGCUCUGAGGUUCAAGUUAAUCGUCGAUACCCUUCAAGGCAGAGACGACCUCCUGAUCGCUUGAAUUUAUAGUUUGAGACUAACCCAAAUCACCUGGGGCAGAAUAAACCCAUGGGUUAAUUCUGGGGUUGAGGUAGUCUACCCUCACUCCAAGUUAAAAAUAAUUAAAAAAAAAAAAAAAA